AAAAUUAAUUUAGGUUACCAUGUGGUGAAGUAAAACGGACUUAAAACCUCACAGAUAAAAAUUGUAUUCCAUUAUUGUAGGUGGCGUGUACAGUAUUUUUUUAGUGAUCAUGGCGUCAGUGAGGAAUUUGGUCUCCUUGGUACGAAAAGGACAGUCAGCAGUCUUGAAUUCUGUGAGACGGUAUUCUUCUGACGUACGUACUGUAACCCUGAUACCCGGUGAUGGAAUUGGUCCGGAGAUUUCGGAAGCAGUACAGCAGAUUUUUACUGCUGCUGAAGUCCCUAUCAAGUGGGAAAAGGUGGAUGUGACCCCAGUGAAAGGUCCCGAUGGGAAGUUUGGCAUUCCUCAGAAGGCAAUUAACUCUGUUCACACAAAUAAAGUGGGAUUGAAAGGACCACUGGCUACUCCAAUAGGAAAAGGUCAUAGAUCAUUAAAUCUUGCCUUGAGACAGUAUGUUGAAGUUUAAAUUUCAUAUCCUUUAUCUUGAUCUU